CUUUCAUACAAGCUCUCUUGUCUCUCGACCACAGAGCAAAUUCUCCCUUCUCGCAAACCCGUACCUCAUUAUUGUACAUGACUUCUAGAAGAUGAUCUGCACCCACGACGACUAUACGAUCGCAUGGAUCUGCGCCUUGCCGCUGGAACUGGCGGCUGCAAAGGUCAUGCUGGACGAGGUUCACCCUCCGCUCCCCCAGCCACCAACUGACCACAAUGUCUACACUCUGGGGAGUGUGAGCGGCCACAACGUAGUGCUGGCCUGUUUGCCAGGCGGUGUCUAUGGGACGAUAUCCGCGACAGCAGUCGCGUCCCAUAUGGUCUCGACCUUUCGGCGAAUCCGGUUCGGAUUGAUGGUGGGGAUUGGAGGCGGAGUCCCGGGCCCCAGGGCGGACAUUCGUCUGGGUGAUGUGGUCAUCAGCAAGCCCACGGCGACAGCAAGUGGUGUAAUUCAAUAUGAUUACGGCAAGACGCUUCAUGACGGGAAAUUCCAACACACGGGGUCACUCAAUAAACCGCCUCCCGUGUUAUUGAAGGCGGUGUCUCAAUUAGAGAGUGACUGGAUGAUUGGAAACCGGUCGAUGAACACAAUCUUGGUCGAUGUCCUGCACAGGUAUGAAGAGAUGAAAGAAGGAUUUGCAAGACCGAAGGACGACUGGCUAUUUCAAUCAACGUAUGGUCAUGAGGACGGUAGAAAAAACUGCUCAGCAUGCGAUCCCAUCCAGCUAGUAAGACGUCCCGAGCGGAGAACGGACGGCUUUUAUUGUCAUUAUGGUUUGAUCGCGUCGGGAGAUCAGGUCAUGAAAGAUGCCACGACUCGAGAUUCCAUUGCGCACGACCUAGACAUUCUCUGUUUUGAAAUGGAGGCGGCCGGGCUCAUGGACGAGCUCCCAUCGCUGGCCAUUCGAGGCAUCUGUGACUACUGUGAUUCUCACAAGAACAAACAGUGGCAAGGAUACGCCGCAUUGGCUGCUGCAGCCUAUGCGAAGGCUCUCCUGUCUGGGGUUCCGCUUUACAGCCACCAGAAUGAAGUACAGGGAUCAAGGCAACCCGUCUGGAUGGUCCCCUUUCGAAAGAACCUCAAUUUCGUUGGUCGGGAAGAAGAAAUUACCAGGAUGGAAGCAUGGAUCGUGCAACAAGACGGCCCAGGCAAAGUUGCUCUCUGCGGACUCGGUGGAGUGGGGAAGACCCAGAUUGCACUGGAUUUGGCAUACCGCAUGCGAGAUCGAGACCCCAAAUGCUCGAUUUUCUGGAUCACAUGUACGAGCUAUGAGAGUGUGGAACAAGGCUAUAUGAGCAUCGCCUCCAAGCUAGGAAUGACUGGCAUAAGCCCAGCCGAGGUGAAAGAAAAAGUCAAGGCGUAUCUCAGCCAGGAGAGUGUUGGGAAGUGGCUUCUUCUUUUUGACAACGCAGACGAUUUGGAGAUGUGGAGCAAGGACAACAAGAACGACUCAGCACUGACAGACUUUCUUCCGCAAAGUGAGCAGGGACAUAUUCUGUUCACCACACGCAGCCGGAAGGUAGCUGUAAAGCUCGUGUCUUCCUAUGUGAUAACAGUCACAGAGCCAAACACAGAAAUGUCUGUCCAGAUUUUACACGACGCACUUAUCCGAAAAGACUUACUAAAUGACCGUAACACAGUCAUUGCUUUUCUGGACCAGCUGGCCUUUCUCCCACUGGCGAUCACCCAGGCGGCAGCAUACAUUAAUACAAAUACCAUUAGCCUCUGCGACUAUCUUCUAUUACUACAGGAUCAGGAACCCCAUGUGAUUGAAUUACUGAGUGAAGACUUCGAGGAUGAAAGGAGAUACAAAGAUAUUCAAAAUCCUGUUGCUCUUACCUGGUCCAUCUCUUUUCAGCAAAUCCAGCGGUUAAAUGAACUCGCGGCAGACUAUCUGUCAUUCAUGGCCUCUAUCAACCCUCGUGAUAUUCCACAGUCCUUGCUUCCCCAACCGAUCUCAACCAAACGGAGAGUAGAUGCCAUUGGCCUCCUCAAAGCCUUCUCUUUUGUGACCGAGAACGAGAACCAUGCUUUAAAUCUACACCGACUCGUCCAUCUUGCAACUCGGAACUGGAUGAGAAAGAACCGAAAGUUUAGUCUACAAAUUUCGAAAACAGCAGACCAAUUUAGCGAAGUGUUCCCGAACAAUGACCAUUCCAAUCGGAAGGUGUGGCGGGAAUAUCUACCACAUGCGUUUUCAAUAAUAACAGAAGCGGAGUUCCAAAUGGAGCAGAGAAAAUACAUUAAUUUGAUUGCGAACAUUGGGAGUUGUCUGGAUAGUGACGGCCGAUGGAAGGAAGCAGAAGAUUUAAAAUUACAGGUAUUACAGCUCCGGAAGCAAGUGCUAGGGCCAGAGCACCCAGAGACCCUGACCAGCAUGAGUAAUCUGGCAAUAAUAUACCAGCACCAGGGACAAUGGAAGAAAGCAGAAGAGUUAGAGAUACAGGUGUUACAGCUCCGCAAGCAAGUGCUAGGGCCAGAGCAUCCACACACCCUGGCCAGCAUGAGUAAUCUGGCAUCAACAUACCAGCACCAGGGACAAUGGACGAAAGCAGAAGAGUUAGAGAUACAGGUGUUACAGCUCCGCAAGCAAGUGCUAGGGCCAGAGCAUCCAGCCACCCUGACCAGCAUGAAUAAUCUGGCUCACACAUGGAAACUAUUAGGAAAGGUCCAAAAUGCCUUCACCCUAAUGGAAGAAUGUGUCAAGCUCCGCCGCAAUCUGUUGGGUCCAGGCCACCCACAUACCAUAUCCUCCUCUAACACGCUUCGCGACUGGGAAAGAGAAGUAAAUUCCCCAUCAACGAAGUCAACGCAGCCCGAAGCCACCACUGUCUCGCCCAUCCACAUUUAGCCUCCCAAUAAAAUAAAAGCAGACCCUGCACCUAUCACAGGCGGCAAAUGACGGGCAUUCGGGAGGUUCUUCCAGAGACGAUGAUUCAUGCUGAACCUUAUGAUCCUUGUCCUAUGGCUGGAUUAAACAUGUAUGCAUCAAAGUUUGAUACGUUCUUCAGACAGCACUAUACUUCUUGAUUUUUGGUUUGAUUAAAUAAACCCUUUGCUCUUUGACUCGGCGGAGUCAGGCCAUAGAUUCGUGGGAGAACCGGUGGUGGAUUUCUGUAUGGUCACAUGAUCGAAGGGGAUCUCUCUAAAUAAAAAUGUAAAUGACUUUUUCUGGAAAGGAGGGCCUGAGUGGGACGCUUCUAUGGCAAAGAUGGUUGUAACAGGGAAGACUGUUCGAAUUGUGUAUGGAACGAAUAGCGAUCGAAUAGCAUCAGACCAAGACGGAAGGCAAUUCCAAAUAUCAUUGUAGUUUUCAGAUGGGCAUGGCAUCACAGAAAUGAAAUUCCGGGGAGAGGUCGAUAGCAAAUGUC